ACAAGAUAGCAAGUUGAAUCGAAAUCGCCUUUUUGACAGCUAACAUUAAAAAAAUACUGUGUAACUUUAAACUUGAAUGAAUGCGUUGGUAUUUCGUAUAGUUGCACCUACAUUGAAGCAUAUCGUUAAGGAGGUUCAGUCUAUCACGUCAAUCCUCUGGAAGAUUUCUGCGGAGAGUAUGCUCUGGAGCUUGUAAUGCUGCCUUAGCUGAAACGUUUCAGCUGCAGUGAAGAAAAGAAAAUACCUUUCCGUUUUAUCGAAACUCCCCGACACAACCAGGAGGGGAGUGUGAUUUGAGGUUCCUGGAAAGCCUGUGCUUAUCCACCAAGGUGUAUCGGCGCCUGGCUAUCGAAGCAUGCGUGUGAGGUCAGACAUCAAAUUGGACGUGGAGCUGUGAUGCGUGCGGCGAGCUGCAGGAUGAACGUGGCGGCGAUACUGAACGGCCUGCUGGUGUCGGUGGUGGCAGCACUGCUCUGGAAGUACGUGAGGCUAAGCGAGCACGCUGCAGUACUGGAGGAGGAGCUGCAGCUGACACGCCAGUCCCAGGAGUUGUCCCAAGCCCGGAUAGACUACCACGCUGCUCUGCUGGCCCUCCAGGAGUAUGGCACCCGUAUGGUCUGCACCGGCAAGAUGCACACUGAUCGCAUCUGCCGCUUCGACUACCUGUGCUACUGCACCGAGGCGGAAGAGUUUGUCUUCUUCCACAGCAACUCCUCCUUCAUGCUGCCCAACCUGGGGCCCCGGCGAUUCCAGCCAGCCCUGCUGGACCUGUCCUCUGUAGAGGAUCACAACACCCAGUACUUCAACUUCCUGGAGCUGCCCGCAGCUGCCCUCAAGUUCAUGCCCAAGCCUGUGUUCAUCCCUGACGUCACCCUCAUCCUCAACCGGUUCAAUCCGGAUAAUCUGAUGCACGUGUUCCACGAUGACCUGCUUCCCAUCUUCUACACCAUGCAGCAGUACUCGGACCUGGACGAUGAGGCCCGCCUGGUCUUCAUGGAGGGCUGGGGUGAGGGCGCACACUUUGACCUCUACCGCCUGCUGAGCAGCAAGCAGCCACUUCUCAAAGAACAGCUGGGGAACUUUGGCAAACUUAUGUGCUUCACAAAGUCCUACGUGGGCUUGUCCAAGAUGACCACAUGGUACCAGUACGGCUUUGUCCAGCCACAGGGCCCCAAAGCCAACAUCCUGGUCUCUGGGAACGAGAUCCGGCAGUUUGCCUCAUCGCUGAUGGAGAAGCUCAAUAUCACCAUGCGAGGAGGAGAUGAGAGCGCAGCGGAGGAAAAGGACGAGUACAUCGUAGUGUUCAGUCGCUCCAUCAACAGACUCAUCCUGAAUGAAGCGGAGCUGAUCCUGGCGUUAGCGCAGGAGUUCCAGAUGAGAGCGGUGACAGUGUCUCUGGAGGAGCAGACCUUCCCCAGUAUUAUCAAGGUCAUCAGCGGGGCCUCCAUAUUGGUCAGCAUGCACGGGGCCCAGCUGGUCUCCUCUCUCUUCCUCUCCCGGGGGGCUGUCGUAGUGGAGCUCUUCCCCUAUGCGGUCAACCCAGAGCAGUACACCCCUUACAAAACCCUAGCCUCUCUACCAGGCAUGGACCUGCAGUAUGUGGCCUGGAGGAACAUGGUGGAGGAGAACUCUGUGGCCUACCCAGAGAGGCCCUGGGAGCAGGGAGGUAUAGCCCACCUGGAUAAGGAAGACCAGGAGCACAUCCUGGCCAGUAAGGAAGUGCCCAGACACCUGUGUUGCCGCAACCCAGAGUGGCUCUAUCGCAUCUACCAGGACACCAUAGUGGACAUCCCUUCUUUACUAGAGGCUCUCAGAGCGACAGUGAAAACCAGGCCCAACCUGAAGAAGGCCAAGCCUGCCAGCACGGUCCACCCAGGCCAGGUCAGAGAGCCCCAGUGCCAGACGUCGGUCCAGGCCACCAACGAGGCCAUGCUGACUGUGUCGUGGCAAAUCCCCUGGAACCUCAAGUACCUGAAAGUCAGGGAGGUGAAGUACGAAGUGUGGAUCCAGGAGCAAGGAGAGAACACGUACAUGCCUUAUAUUCUCCCCCACCAGAACUAUACCUUCUCUGAAAACAUCAAACCCUUUACGACAUACCUGGUGUGGGUGCGCUGCAUCUUUAACAAAAACCUCCUGGGGCCCUUUGCAGAUGUACUCACAUGCAGGACAUAAUUUGAGUUGAUAUUUACAGUUUCAAGAAUGUGACUGCUUGUUCCAGAUGAUCAGAUGUUGGGGCUUUGGAUUAUUGAAGGUGAUGCUAGAAAGGUUCUGUAUAAUUUUAGCCAGUAGUUUUGAAAGUAGCGCUCACGAGACAAAAUGGGUCCCGGAAAAUGGUGCACAAUUGUAUACGACGUCAUUAAUUUUGUCACGAUAAAUGUAUGUUUCCUGCAAUUCGUAUGAUAUGUUAUGAAUUUGCAAGUGCUUUAAGAUCCCGUUCAAUCUCUUUUUAAAAGGAACUUCUGUGAUUGAGGAUUGUCUCCGAUUUGAGGAUAGUUGAUAUGAUGUAAUCUGUAUCUAGGAUGAGAGACUGUGCUGUUUGAUGAGACAACCAUGUCCUCACACAGAGGAGAGUGAAAUGUAGUAGAAAUUCAAUGGCAUUUAGCAUGGGACGAGGGAAUACAUGAGUCACGAUUUAAGGAUGCAUCGUCUGUACAUGCAGAAAGUGCUAUACAACAUGUCUUUUUGAGAUAGAGGAAUUUCUUUAAUAUACUUAUUUAUGAGCAAAAAUGUACAGUAUAAAUACAUGUAUGUUUUUUUAUUAGUCUUAAACACUGAACCUACCUAUCUAUCUAUACCUGUACUUAUUUGAGUGUGUAAUGUAGAUUUUCAGCAAAGCCCAGGUGGGACUUUAGGAUGACUUGGUCUUGGUUUCAUACUUGAUUGGUUUGUGAUUUGUUAUACAGUUAUCUGAUAAAUCACACCUUUGUGGCUUAGCCUACCCUCCUGCACAAAGUUGUAGCUUUGUCACGUUGCCUUUCUAAUUGGCAAUUUACAUCAUUGCAGAAUGUUGCCAAAACCUUAAAGGGAUACUGUGAGAUUCUGGCAAUUGUCUACUUACCCAGAGUCAAAUGAACUCGUGGGUACCAUUAUUUAUGCCUCUGCGUGCAGUAUGAAGGAAGUUAGAAGUAAUUUCUCAAGCCAAUCCUAACUAGCAUUAGCACAAAUCCUGGAGGUCUAUGGGUAUCUGCUAGCUGGGUAUCUGCUUCAGGCCUGGGAAAUUCCAGUCCUCGGGGACCUGAUUGGUAUCACACUUUUCCCCGAUCCCUAGCAAACACACCUGAUUUCAACUAAUUGCGUUUUUAACUGAAGCUCAUGAUUAGUUAACUAUUGGAGUCAGGUGUUAGCUGGGGCAAAAGUGUGACACCAAUCAGGCCCCCGAGGACUGGAUUUGCCCAGACCUGCUUGCUGCAGGUACCCAUACACUUCCAGUCAUUGUGCUAACACUAGUAUCUAUGAGUUCAUCUGACCCUGAGGAAGUAGAUAAAGGGCUUCAUUGCCAAAAUCCCAAAGUAUUCCUUUAAGAGAAACCAAAGUGAAUUUGAAAAUAUGGUCACCAGUCUACAGUACCAUUAAGUAUGUGUUAUUAGUUGUGAUUUGGAUUAUCUUGUGCUUCAUUGAGGCUUUAAUAUUUGCCAUUUACCGUUUUGAACUAUUGUGGCCCAUGGAUAAUAAAUUCUUCCCCUUCUAGAUUAUUUGAGAUAUUAAUUCAAGGCAGAUAAAACUUUCAAAGACUGUGUCCAGGAAAAUGUGUUGCCAGUUUUCUAAAGAUGCUGACUAAAACAUGCAUUAUUCAUUCAAAUGUAGCAGUCUUUUAAGAACAGGGUUCCUCUAAAUGAAAAUUAAGAGAAUCUAUUAUCAUGUAUUUAUGUGAAAGGUUCUGUUGCUGUGCGGUCACUAGAUAUGCGAGGGGUAGUUCUAUUUCUUUCAGAAAAACUGGAGUUUCUUCAAUCAGUUUCUUUGUCAUUGCCCUCUGUGUCAAAUGAUAAAUACACAAAGGUUCAUAUCACUUCAGUGUCCCAAUUACAGCAAUUCUGAGUUCUAUUGUCCUAUUUUUUGUUAUUCAGUCCACACAGUUACAGAAAAUGAUCAGAAUUCCUUACUUACUAUUAAUGGGUACCAUUUCUGAUUGUGAUCAUUUACAUUUUGCGCAGGUUAUAUGCAUGCAUAAACUUGACUAUAAUUAGCCUGUUAUGCUUUUAAUUUGAAAGGGUGGUAAUGACUGCUCUGCCCCAAAUCAAGCUGGAGGAGUAACCCAUUCUAUGGCUCAUCAGUGCUGCUAACCAUGCGUGCGUGAUGCAGGGUUUGUAUCCCAAAUGGCACACUCUUCCCUUUAUAGUGUACUAUUUUUGACCAAGACCAGAGCCUAAAAAUAGGGCUGAUUUUGGGACUCAGCCCAAGUCUAUAUGAUAGUGUGCAAUGCUGCCUGUUACUUUUCAUUGCCUUGUGGUGUGCAAAACUAAAGUAAUGACUAGCUUCCCAGUAUGUACCAAACCCCCUGUCCUACUAAGUGUAUAUACAUUGUCUUCAGAAAGUAUUUACACCCUUUGACUUUUUCCACAUUUUGUUGUUACAAAAUGGGAUUAAAAUGGUUGAAAAAAUGUACAAUUAAAUUAAUCUACAAAUAAUCUGUAAUGUCAAGUGGAAGAAGAAAAAUACUAACAUUUGUAAAACAAAAUAACACUAAUGCAGUAUAUCUUUAUUAUGUAAGUAUUCAACCCACUUAGUCAACACAUGUUAGAAUCACCUUUGCCAGCGAUUACAGCUGGGAGUCUUUCUGGGCAAGUCUCUAACAGCUUUUCACACCUGGAUUGUGCAACAUUUGCCCCUUAUUCUUUUCAAAAUUCUUCAAGCUCUGUCAAAUUGGUUGUUGAUCAUUGCUAGCAAACUAUUUUCACGUCAUGCCAUAGAUUUUCAAGCAGAUUUAAGUCAAAACUGUAACUCAGCUACUCAGGAACAUUCACUGUCUACUUGGUCCAGUGUACAGUCGUGGCCAAAAGUUUUGAUAAUGACACAAAUAUUAAUUUCCACAAAGUUUGCUGCUUCAGUGUCUUUAGAUAUUUUUUCAGAUGUUACUAUGGAAUACUGAAGUAUAAUUACAAGCAUUUCAUAAGUGUCGAAGGCUUUUAUUGACAAUUACUUGAAGUUGAUGCAAAAAGUCAAUAUUUGCAGUGUUGACCCUUCUUUUUCAAGACCUCUGCAAUCCGCCCUGGCAUGUUGUCAAUUAACUUCUGGGCCACAUCCUGACUGAUGUCAGCCCAUUCUUGCAUAAUCAAUGCUUGGAGUUUGUCAGAAUUGGUGGGUUUUUGUUUGUCUACCCGCCUCUUGAGGAUUGACCACAAGUUCUCAAUGGGAUUAAGGUCUGGGGAGUUUCCUGGCCAUGGACCCAAAAUAUUGAUGUUUUGUUCCCUGAGGCACUUAGUUAUCACUUUUGCCUUAUGGAAAGGUGCUUCAACAUGCUGGAAAAGGCAUUGUUCGUUACCAAACUGUUCCUGGAUGGUUGGGAGAAGUUGCUCUCGGAGGAUGUGUUGGUACCAUUCUUUAUUUAUAAAAUUGUGAGUGAGCCCACUCCCUUGGCUGAGAAGCAACCGGUUUUAGGAUGCUUUACUGUUGACACAGGACUGAUGGUAGCGCUCACCUUGUCUUCUCCAGACAAGCUUUUUUCUGGAUGCCCCAAACAAUCGGAAAGGAGAAAAUGACUUUACCCCAGUCUUCAGCAGUCCAAUCCCUGUAACUUUUGCAGAAUAUCAGUCUGUACCUGAUGUUUUUCCUGGAGAGAUGUGGCUUCUUUGCUGCCCUUCUUGACACAAGUCCAUCCUUCAAAAGUCUUUACCUCACUGUGCGUGCAGAUGCACUCACACCUGCCUGCUGCCAUUCCUGAGGAAGCUCUUUACUGGUGGUACCCCAAUCCCACAGCUGAAUCAACUUUAGGAGACGGUCCUGGUGCUUGCUGGACUUUCUUGGGCGGCCUGAAUCCUUCUUCACAACAAUUGAACCACUCUCCCUGAAGUUCUUGAUGAUCCGACAAAUGGUUGAUUUAGGUGCAAUCUUACUGGCAGCGGUAUCCUUUCCUGUGAAGCCCUUUUUGUGCAAAGCAAUGAUGAUGGCACGUGUUUCCUUGCAGGUAACCAUGGUUGACAGAGGAAGAACAAUGAUUCCAAGCACCACCCUCCUUUUGAAGCUUCCAGUCUGUUAUUCGGACUCAAUCAGCAUGACAGAGUGAUCUCCAGCCUUAUCCUCGUCAACACUCACGCCUGUGUUAAUGAGAGAAUCACGGACAUGAUGUCAGCUAGUCCUUUUGUGGCAGGGUUGAAAUGCAGUGGAAAUGUUUUUGGGGGAUUCAGUUAAUUUGCAUGGCAAAGAGGGACUUUGCAAUUCAUCUGAUCACUCUUCCUAACAUUCUGGAGUAUAUGCAAAUUGUCAUCAUACAAACUGAGGUAGCAGACUUUGGGGAAAUUAAUAUUUGUGUUAUUCUCAAAACUUUCAUCCACGACUGUAGAUUUGGACUUGUGUUUUAGGUUAUUGUCCAGCUGAAAUGUGAAUUAAUCUUCCAGUUGCUGGUGGAAAGUAGACUGAACCAGGUUUUCCUCUAGGAUUUUGCCUGUGCCUAGCUCCAUUCCAUUUAUAUUUUACACUGAAAAACUCCCCAGUCUUUAGCGAUUACAAGCAUAACAUGAUGCAGUCACCACUAUGCUUGAAAGUAUGGAGAGUGGUACUCAGUAAUGUGUUGUAUUGGGUUUGCCCCAAAUGUAACACCUUGUAUUUAGGAAAAAAGUGAAUUGCUUUGCCACAUUGUUUCAGUAUUCCUUUAGUGCCUUGUUGCAAACAAUGCAUGUUUUGGAAUAUUUUAAUUAUGUACAGGCUUCCUUCUUUUCACUCUGUCAAUUAGGUUAGUAUUGUGGAGUAACUACAAUGUUGUUGAUCCAUCCUCAGUUUUCACCUCACAACUUCUCAAAGGGAUAUUCAAUUUUCUGUUUAUUUUAUUUAUAUAUUUUUUUAACGUAUUUAGGCUUGCCAUAAAAAAGGGGGUUGAAUACUUAUUGACUCAAUACAUUUCAGCUUUUCACUUUUAAUUAUACAGAACAAAAAUAUAAACACAACAUGCGACAAUUAACAAUUUUACUGAUGCACAGUUUAUAAGGAAAUCAGUCAACUUAUAAAUAAAUUAGGCCCUAAUCUAUGGAUUUCACAUGACUGGGCAGGGGUGCAGCCAUGGGUGGGCCUGGGAGGGCAUAGACCCACCCACUUGGGAGCCAGGCUCAGCCAAUCAGAUGUUUAAAAACUUAUACAGAAGGGCUUUAUCACAGACAGAAAUACUCCUCAGUUUCAUUAGUUGUUCGGGUGGCUGGUCUCAGACAAUCCCGUAGGUGAAGAAGCCGGAUGUGGAGGUCCUGGACUGGCAUGGUUACAUGUGAUCUGUGGUUGUGAGGCCGGUUGGCCAUACUGCCAAAUUGAAAAAUGGAAUGAUGUUAGAGGUGGCUUAUGGUAGAGAAAUUAACAUUAAAUUCUCUGGCAACAGUUCUGGUGGACAUUCCUGUAGUCAGAAUGCUAAUUGCACGCUCCCUCAACUUGAAACCUCUGUGGCAUUGUGUGGUGUGACAACUGCACAUUUUAGUGGCCUUUUAUUGUCCCCAGCACAAGGUACACCUGUGCAAUGAUCAUGCUGUUUAAUCAGCUUCUUGAUAUGCUACACCUGUCAGGUGGAUGGAUUAUCAUGGUAAAGGUUAAAUGCUCACUAACAGGGACUUAAAAUACAUUUGUGCUCAAAAUUGGAAAGAACAUUUCUGGGAUCUUUUAUUUAAGCUCAUGAAACAUGGGACCAACACAUUACAUGUUGGAUUUAUAUUUUUGUUCAGUAUAAUUUUGAAAUGUUUUGAAAAUCAUUAUUCCACUUUGACAUUAUGCUGUGUGUAUGCCAGUGGAAAAAUCUCAAUUGAAUCCAUUUUAAAUUCAGGCUGUAACACGACAAAAUGUGGAAAAAGUCAAGGGGUGUGAAUACUUUCUGAAGGCACUGUAUUGUGAUCGAAAAGGUUAAACUGUCCUAAAUCAGCACUCCUACUCUGAGACACUUGACAUGCGGCCGCAGAUCUUUCUGUCCCGGGGUUGAGUUUUCAGCAGAGGUCACAGGUUUGAAACUAGUUUGACGGUUUUUGGGGCAACUGAGAGUGGUGUCAUGAAUCUGUGAAUCAAUAGCAUUGGAUUGGGUUUCUCUCUUCCCCUAGAACAGCACGAGUGACACAUAGAUUGCCAGUGCCAAUUCAUGGACUUUGCAAUGCGUGUAUUGGUGUAACAAUUUAAUGGACGUUAGUGGUGUCAUAAUAAUCAAGGGAUUUAAAUGUAGUACUUACUGGCUAGUAUGUGAAUAUCCUACCCAUUGUGCUGUACCCAUUGAGGUAUCUUACCAAUUAACUAAAUUCCUCAUUAACUGGAAUUGAUCCCUUUUUGAUAUGUUUCGGUUUGAAAGUCAAAACUUGAACUGUUAAAAAAAAAAAUUGUUCUCAAAUGCAGUUCUCAGUGUUGGUAUUCAAGAGAUUAUUUUGAACUGUUGUUCAAUGUGAUGUAGUAUUUUGUGUGUUUGUAAUGCUUGUUAGUUUGUGUAUACCACCUCCAGUAAAUAAAUUAUAUUUGCUAAGACUGAA